AUGCGGCUGAAGCCACAGUCUUUUGCAUAUGAAACAGGCCUGCUGUUUAUGGUAGUGAUGUGGCUGAAGGCCCAGGCUUGUACGUAUGAAACAGGCCUGCUGUUUAUGGUAGUGAUGUUGCUGAAGGACCAGGCUUAUACAUAUGAAACAGGCCUGCUGUUUAUGGUAGUGAUAUGGCUGAAGGCCCAGGCUUUUACAUAUGAAACAGGCCUGCUGUUUAUGGUGGUGAUGUGGCUGAAGCCCAAUGCUUGUAUGUAUGAAACAGGCCUGCUGUUUAUGGUAGUUAAGCGGCUGAAGCCCCAGGCUUGUACAUAUGAAACAGGCCUGCUGUUUAUGGUAGUAUUGUGGCUGAAGGACCAGGCUUAUACACAUGAAACAGGCCUGCUGUUUAUGGUAUUGAUGCAGCUGAAGCCCCAGGCUUAUACAUAUGGAACAGGCCUGCUGUUUAUGGAACUGAUGUGGCUGAAGCCCCAGGCUUUCAACAGGAAUACAGAUUUCACUGAGAUACACAGUCUGCAGCCAUUGUAUGGGAAACACCAUGAUGGUGAACAUGACAAAGCUCUCCCAGAUAAGAUGUUAAUCACAAGGAAAGAAACAGUGAAGUUUGAAACCAGAAAUGAUAACUAUAAGGAAAGCAACAAUGAGUUUAUUAAUAAUAUUGAAAUGCAUCUGAAAGGUAAUGGUGGGAGCAGUUUGAUGUUUCAUUGUAGCAACCAGUCUGAUAAAUUAAUUCACAGUAAAAAAAGACAAAAUAACUUAACAAUAGAAGAACAGAUAUGCAGCAGGAAGAGGCUAUACAGCUAUGCAGCGGAUGAUGAAGAUUUUAUAGGUAAUAAAAGUUUUGAAGUACAUGAAAGUACUCAUACAAGACAGAAAACCUUUAAAUGCACAACAUCUGACAAGGCAUAUGUGGAGAAGUCAAGGAAGGAAAAAUGUGACUUGAACCACAUUAACCAAGUAAUGAAUAACUAUACCAAACCUGGCAAAGAUUUUACAAAUGAAGGUUUACAACAUAAGAGCAUCAGCAUUGGACAGAAACCCUAUAAAUGUGCCACAUGUGGGAAAGGUUUUGUAUACAAAACUCCCAUGGUAAAACAUCAGUGCAUCUGCAGUGGACAUAAAUCCUAUAAAUGCAGUAUAUGUGAGAAAAUUUUUAAAUCUAAAUAUAGCAUGAUGUAUCAUGAGACUAUCCACACUGGACAGAGACCUUAUAAAUGCAGCAUUUGUGAUAAGAGCUUUAGAAUGAAAAGUCAUAUGAUAAUUCAUCAGAAUAUUCACAGUGACCAGAAGCUCUUUAAAUGUGCCACGUGUGACAGGAGAUUUACAAGUAAAUGCAGCUUGAUAGGGCACCAGAGUGUUCACAGUGGGCAGACACCCUAUAAAUGUACCACGUGUGACAAGGGUUUUACGAGUAAGCACACACUGACAAGACAUCAGAAUGUUCACACUGACCACAGACCCUAUAAAUGUGCCACAUGUAAUAAGAGUUUUAGAAUGAAGAGUCAUAUGAUAAUUCAUCAGAAUAUUCACAGUGCCCAGAAGCUCUUUAAAUGUGCCACGUGUGGCAAGAGUUUUACAAGUAAGCACAGCCUGACAACACAUCAGAAUGUUCACACUGACCAGAGACCCUAUAAAUGUGCCACAUGUGAUAAAAGUUUUAGAAUGAAGAGUCAUAUGAUAAUUCAUCAAAAUAUUCACAGUGGCCAGAAGCUCUUUAAAUGUGCCACGUGUGACAAGGGUUUUACAAGUAAGCACAGCCUGAUAGGGCAUCAGAGUAUUCACAGUGGGCAGACACCCUAUAAAUGUGCCACAUGUGACAAGGGUUUUACAAGUAAGCACAGCCUGACAAGACAUCUGAAUAUUCACAGUGACCAGAGACCCUAUAAAUGUGCCAUGUGUGAUAAGAGUUUUAGAAUGAAGAGUCAUAUGAUAAAUCAUCAGAACAUUCACAGUGACCAGAAGCUCUUUAAAUGUGCCACAUGUGACAAAGGUUUUACAAGUAAGCACAGCCUGAUAGGGCAUCAGAGUGUUCACAGUGGGCAGACACCCUAUAAAUGUGCCACGUGUGACAAGGGUUUUACAAGUAAGCAGAGCCUGACACUGCAUCAGAAUAUUCACACUGACCAGGGACCCUAUAAAUGUGCCAUGUGUGACAAGGGUUUUACAAGUAAGCACAACCUGACAAUGCAUCAGAGUAUUCACACUGACCAGAGACCCUAUAAAUGUACCACAUGUGACAAGGGCUUUAUAAGUAAGCACAGCCUGACAGUGCAUCAGCAUGUUCAUACCGGGCAGAAACCUUAUAAAUGUGCCACAUGUGACAAGGGUUUUACAAGUAAGCACAGCCUGACACUGCAUCAGAGUAUUCACACUGACCAGGGACCCUUUAAAUGUGCCACAUGUGACAAGGGUUUUACACAGAAGUGGAGUCUGACACUGCAUCAGCAUGUUCAUACUGGGCAGAAACCCUAUAAAUGUGACACAUGUAACAAGGGUUUUGCAAGUAAGCGCAACCUGACACUGCAUCAGAAUAUUCACACUGACCAGGGACCCUUUAAAUGUGCCACAUGUGACAAGGGUUUUACAAGUAAGCACAGCCUGACACUGCAUCAGAGUAGUCACACUGACCAGAGACCCUAUAAAUGUGCCACGUGUGACAAGGGUUUUACAAGUAAGCAGAAUCUGACAUAUCAUCAGAAUAUUCACAGUGGGCAGAGACCUUAUAAAUGUGACACAUGUGACAAGGGUUUUACAAGUAAGCAGAAUCUGACAUAUCAUCAGAAUAUUCACAGUGGGCAGAGAAAGAAAACUACUUUCACAGGAAAAACUGUCAAAAGUUUCAGAUAA